GACUAGACUGACUUUUAACACUUAUUUUUUAAAGAUUGUAUUUCUUUAGACAGAGGGCAAGGGAGGGAGAAAGAAACAUCAAUUGAUUGCCUCUCACAUGCCCCCAACUGGGGAGCUGGCCAGCAACCCAAGCAUGUGCCCUGCUGACAGACUGGAACCAGUAACCUCUCGGUGUGUGGUGCAAUGCCAAACCCACUGAAUCACACCAGUCAGGGCUUAACAGAUUAUUUUUUCCAAGUUUUAUCUAUUAUACAAUGGAAUCACACAUUAUUUAUUGUUUUACAUAUGAUUUCUUUCACACAUUGUUAGUGAUAUUCAUCCACAUCCACAUUGUUUAUUCAUAUUUAUUGUGAAUAUACACAUCUUACUUAUUCAUUCUACUAUUGAGGGGAAUAUGGGUAAUUUUCAUUAUUUAUUAUAGUGAUAUGAAUAUUCAAAAUAUAGUCUCUUGAUAAAAAUAUAAUUUCUUAGUCAUAAGAUGUACAUUCUACUCAACAGCAAUUUUCCAAAGUAAUUAACCCAACAGACACUUCCAGCAUACAAGUGCCAGUUGCUUCACAUCCUGGGAGCACAAUGAUUUUGUUUUGUUCCAGUGCCUAGAACAGUGCUACAUUUUAACUUACACACCUGGUAGGUGCAACAAGUGUGCAAUCAAUUCUGUUUAAAGAACGAAUUGGAACAUAGAUGGCAUUUAAAGCUGUGGGCUUGAAUUAAGAUCAUCUUGGAAGAAAUAAGAUUAGAUAAUAGGGCUGAUGAAUAAGCCUUCAGUGACUCCUACAUUUAGAUAACUGGCUAAAAAGGAGCAAGUAGAGGAGGAAGAAAAUGGGAGCCCAUGGGAUUCUGCAAACCAAAAGAAAUGUGUGUUUUAAGGGGGUACAGUUAACCACUUUGCUGCCGAGAUCAUAAAAAAGGGCAGAAUGGGGGAAGAGUCAGGAGUUCUGUUUUUGGUCUGAAUAUUUCAAGUCUCAAGGGCUUAAGCUCUAAAUUCAGAUGGAGACCUUAAAUGCGCAUAUGGAUGUGGAAGUCUGGAGUUUAGAACCUGAAAUGUAAGUUUGAUAUUUAUGAGUAUAAAUUUAUUUGUAAAAGAGAGAGUGUAAAUGGAUGAUAGAUGGGGACCCAGCCUUGAGGCAUUUCCACUGAGAAGUUGAACAGAGGUAAACACCUGCAAAGCAGACUAUGUGUAUGGUUAAGUAUAUGGUAAGGUAGGAGAGAAGCCUGAAAAGUGCCCUGUCACUGAGGUAAUGACAACAUCGACUGUGUUAAAUGUUGGUGAAUUUCAACAAAAUGAGAACAGAAUAAUAAUCACUGCAUUUAACUACUAAUUAAUAAUUAUGGCAUCUAUAAUCACAUCUAUAACAUCACUCUGACUGGCUGCAAAAAGUCCCACCGUAUGGCGUACCAAAAUCUACUCAAUCAGUCCCACUGUUGAGUUCUUAGAUUCUUCCCCAACCAUUAGUCAUAAAGUUGCCUUGAGCAUUCUCUUAAGAGUUGAAAUUGCUUAAUUAAGGAAGUCUAAACAUCUUGAAAGCUUUUUAUACAGCUACCAAAGUACUCUCUGGAAAGGUUUUAUUAAAUUCUACCACCAUCCCACAGAAAUAUAGUAAUUGUAAAAAAAAAAAGUUUUUGCCAUUUUGAUAGGUGGUAUGUAGUAUAAUUACACUUUUAUUAAUGAAGUCAUAUGUUUGUUGAUCAUUACUUAUUAAGUGUGCCUAUAUCUCUUACCCCAAAUGAGGGUUGUUACAGGCAAACUGUAUGUUAAAUAUCCAGAAGACUGAAAUAUUCAUUUAGUGCAGUGCAAAAAGCAAAUAAACAUAGGUAUGAAUCACAGCUUGUGAAUACACUAGCUGUGUGUCCCUGGUCCGGUAACUUCUCAGGUUCUAUCUUCUUGAAUGUGCAAUGGGGAUCAGUUCUACCUUGAAGUGUUGUGAACAAUGAAGUGAUGUACAAAAUGCUAGAAAUUAUGCCAUUAUUAUAAUAGCUAUCCUAGUGCAAAAGUAACGGCGCCAUGGCACAGUUAUCUAAAAAACAGACUGUAGGGCAGUCGCUUGGUUUGAAGAAACGAAGAUGCUAUUUCUGUCAUUUCCGCCAUCCUACUCCAAUUCCUGCCCCUCCUCCUAGGUGUUGGCGUCGCCGUGGCAACAAGCACGCGCUGCCCUAGGCAAAGUUCUCUGGCAGUUGGGGACCUCUGCCGCCUCACUUUCUGCUGGCCAGCGACUCCGCCGCGCGUCCCGUCCACCUCGCCUCAGAUAAGAUUUCCCUUGGCCUUAGGGCUAAAGGCCGAGGGGCAGCAUGGCCAAAGCAGCAGCCUCUUCGCCGCUAGAGGACUUAGACCUGAGCGGAGAGGAGGUCCAGAGGCUCACCUCUGCCUUUCAGGACCCGGAGUUCCGGCGAAUGUUCUCCCAGUACGCCGAGGAGCUCACGGACCCCGAGAACCGGAGGCGAUACGAAGAGGAGAUCACCGCGCUGGAGCGCGAGCGCGGAGUGGAGGUGCGGUUUGUGCACCCCGAGCCUGGCUACGUGCUACGCACCAGCCUGGACGGGGCGCGGCGCUGCUUCGUGAACGUGUGCAGCAACACACUGGUAAGCGCACCAACCAGCCGGCCAGGAUCCGUGAAAGCGGCGGCCGGUAGCCAGUGGUCCCUGCCCUAUAGCCUAGCGCCUGGCCGCGAGUACGCAGGGCGCCGCAGCACCCGCUACACGGUCUACGACGUGGUCUUUCACCCGGGCGCGCUCGCGCUGGCCCGGAGCCACGAGCGCUUUCGCCAGAUGCUGGACGCCACGGCCCUGGAAGCCGUCGAGAAGCAGUUCGGGGUGAAGCUGGACCACAGAAAUGCCAAGACGUUGAAGAUCAAAUACAAGGGGACGCCGGAAGCAGCUGUGCUGCGCACACCCUUGCCCGGGGGUGUCCCGGCCCGGCCCGAAGGGGAGCUGGAGAGCCCUCUCCCGGAUUUUCCCUACCCUUACCGGGGCCUGGCAGCCGCCGGGAACUCUAUCGGGCCCGAGCUCCGGGCUCCCUCCUCUCCAGAGGCGGUCCCGCAGCCUGCCCCCACCGAACCUCGCUACAGUGUGGUGCAGCGACACCACGUGGACCUCCAGGAUUACCGCUGUUCCAGGGACUCGGCCCCCAGCCCCGUGCCUCAGGAGCUGGUGGUCACCAUCGAGCUGCCGCUGUUGCGCUCCGCCGAGCAGGCGGCGCUGGAGGUGACGGGAAAGCUGCUGUGUCUGGACUCCAAGAAACCCGACUACCAGCUGCGGCUCUCGCUCCCGUACCCGGUGGACGACAGCCACGGGAAGGCGCAGUUCAACAAGACCCGGCGACAGCUGGUGGUCACGCUGCCCGUGGCGCAGUCCGCGGCGCGCCUGGAGCCCGCUACAGAGCCGGAAGACAGGGCCGACACUCCCGGAACUGCUGGCGCGACCUGCACUUCCGCUAGCGAGAGCCAGACGGGUCUAUCAGGGGUUUGCGCAGGGGGCGAGGACGCGGCUCCCGGCAGAGCUGGGGCUGCAGACGACGGGAUUGCCACUCCGGACUUCUCCUGGGAGGAGCAGGACUUCGGCGGGCGAGCGGUCUCGGCUAACGACUUCGGGGAAAACCCCAUUCCAGGAACUGGAAGCUCACCUGGGGACGGUGGUAGAAUCUCUCCUUGUAUUUCAGCCGGGCACCUAGACAGAGGUGCUUCUGCAGGGGGAGGAAGUGUGUGUGGAGAUCUCAGCGUUGACACCCGCGUGGCCCGGGAAGACACGGGCAGGGAGUCUUCUGAUCCAGCCAUGGAUGGCCCCGGGACAGACAGCUGGGCACCUCUGUGUCCUCCUUUGCAGUGUAAACAGGAUGAAGAAUCCCUGACUCUGUUAAUUCAAGUGCCUCGGAUCCAGCCGCAAAGUCUUCAAGGGGAUGUGAGCCCUCUCCGGUACAAACUGUGCUUCUCCACCCAAGACUUAGUUUAUUAUUCCUUCCUCUUGCAGUUUGCUCCAGAAAAUAAAUUGAGUAACAAAGAAGCAGUGGUUAGCAUUUCUUCAAACAAUGCAGUGAUAGAACUGGCCAAAUCUACAGGGUGCUAUGGAUAUUGGAGAGAGUGGUAUUAUGGUUUAAACAACGAUUCUUUAGAGGAAAGGUUAUUUGUAAAUGAAGAAAAUGUUAAUGAAUUUCUCGAAGACGUCCUGAGCUCUCCAUUCCAACAGACAAUGCCCCUAACCCCACCUUUAAUUGAAGUCCUUCAGGUUACUGAUAGCAAGAUUCAAAUUCAGGCAAAGUUGCAAAAAUGUACUAAGUCUGAGCAGCUUCAAGAAAAGGAAGAAAGAGCCAAUGAAGCAAGUCAUCUAACUGAAAAAGAAAAAAUAGAACAUCCUACCACCUCAACAACAGAUUCUGAUUCAUCUAUAGCUGUUAAAGUACUAGAAAUAGACAGUUGUGGUUCCGCUGAAUACUUGCAACAAAAGUCUCUUGAUAUUUCCCAAGUGCUAUUUGGAAAGUCGCAGCAAUCUGAGUCAAAAAUGGAACCUGAAUUUAUAAAAGAAAAAAGUGCUGUUGACUCAAAUGAAAGGAAAGAUAAUUUAAAAGAACCAGUAAUGACUGAAGAGAAAAAAUUAACAGUUCACAAUAUACCUGGUUUUGACAACAUAAAAGAAACCAAUAUGCAGGAUGGUAGUGUGCAGAUUAUUAAAGAUCAUGUGACUCACUGUGCAUUCAGUUUUCAGAAUUCUUUGCUAUAUGACUUGGAUUAAUAUAAUUUUAGAAUUUAAAGGUUAAGAGUUAAAAAAUUUUGGACAUAAUAGAAAUUCUAUUUCUGUUAACCAUUAUCUUAAAACCAAAGGUUACUGAAGGAAGUAUAUUUUCGGUUUAAAAUAUAUUCUCUGUUCAUUCUCUUAAAACUGAAGAUAUUCAAAAAAUUAAAAUUUGCAAUUUUGAUUCUAAUGGGAAAACUGGAGAUAUUUUGCAUGUAUAGAGUUUAUAUAUAAUUUCCUUAAGUUUUGUGAUUCCUCUGAUAGAUGUAUAUUCUUUCUAAAUGAGAAAUAUUUAGUUUUGUUACAACCUGUACAUAUUCUGUGUUGGUUUUGGCUUCUUUUGUUUACCAUUAGUUUCAAAAUAUUCACUAAGUUGUGGCUGUCACAAAAAGUAAUUCUCAAGAAUGUAACUAGAAAUCUAAGUGUUGAGGGGGCAGAAUCUCAAAAUUGUUUCAAAGUUUCACUAAAUAGGAUGUGUUUUUAUGCUUGAAAUAUUGUUAGAGAUGAAAGAACUUUACUAACCAGUAAUAAUAAUUUGAACGAUUAUAAUACAAAUAUGCUGAAUGAAAUUCAGUAUUUUUGCUUCCACACUGUAUUUUACUUUUCUCAUCUGUCACACACACGCACACACUAUAUGUGCGUGUAUAUAUAUAUAUAUAUAUAUAUAUAUAUAUAUGUUUGUACACAUAUAAGACAAGUUAUUUAGUAAUUACUUUGAAAAUUUAAAAAUUUUAAAGCAUUUUUUAGAAGUUAUUGUUACAUAUUAAAACAUCCCUUGGUUUUAUAGAAUACAUAGGGUGAAUUUUAGAACAGGAAAACUAAAAAAAUCUGGGAAUUUGCUCCCAUGGGAAAAUUAUCAUUAUUAUAUUAUUACAUGAAGACAACGAAGUGUUUUCUAAUUAACUUCCUUUAUAACAUCUAAAAGAAGGCAGUGGCAGAUAAUGUAUCGUGGCUGUUAGUUUGUGGAAUACUGUUUUUAUUUGAGGCCAGAAGAAUAUCCUACUUAAUUUUUUCCUCACAGAAAUGUUUAGGACAGCAUGAAAUAAACCGUAGAAAGAAAAAUAUCUGUUAACCCAAUCUCUAACCCCAAAGACCAUGAGCUGAGGUAUGUAUUCCAAAAAUAGCUACCAAUUCAAACAUCUGGCCUUACCUUAGUCCUGGAAAUUACCUAAUAUUUUUAAUCCUUUAAACUGAGGAGGUCAUAUUAGAGCACCAAAAGCUGGUACAAAGCCUGGCUACUCAUCCUGAUUUACAUUUAUAAUCCUGAUAAAAUCUGGAACUAGACUGGAUUAAGGGCAGUAUAACUGUAGCUAGUUCAUAAAACAAGAGAUUUGCCCCAUCUUAGAUGACCAAAUGCAUUUUCAACCAUAAUAUGAUGGUUAAUUUGCUGCAAUAAUUUUGAAACUACUUAAUACACAAUUUUCUUAGAUUGAAAUGACUGAUUGUAAUAUCUACACCAAAAUUAGUCUGAGUAAUUUUUGGUUGAAUGGAAUUGUAUACUGUUAAGAGAAAUGUCUACGUUAAAUGUGGAAUAAAUUUUAAGCCUGUUUCCUCCCAUGUCCUUUUAAGAAGUAUUUCAGUUAAAAUAAAGCUGGCAUUGUAACGUUG